AUGAUAGUUAUGCUAAUUGACCACGGUGUCCCUGAGACGGAGGUCCUGAGCCCACAAGUUCUUCACAAUUCCCCCACAUUGCCAUCUUUCCUGGGCUCAGCCAAGAGCGAGCAAACUGUGGAACAGGGUAGUGCCAGUUCGUCUCAGUCUCCAUUUAUCCAGAUGCCAGGUUCGCCAGUGAUGUCGGGUUACUACGGUGUCAGAAGAUCUUUCUUAUCUGACUCAGACUUCCACAACGCUAAACAGUUUUCAAAUGACGGCUACACCUCAAGCGUGGCUAAGCCCUUUUCCUGCGAGUCCUCCGGCGGGCAGAGCUACCCUGGCCUUCUGGAUUCCUACCUCCCCGAGCCCUACGGAGACUACAGGCCUCCGGCUCUGACUCCCAACACCGGCUCGGCGUUCAGUGCCUCCCCGCUGCCGCCGCUACUGCCACCUCCCUUCCCCAGCGACCCCACACACUUUGUAUUUAGGGACUCGUGGGAGCAGACAGUGCCUGAUGGUCUCAGCCAGCCGGAUCCCCUGCCCGCAGACCCUCUGCAGACCUUGCCACCCAGCGCGAGUUGCCUGUCACAGCUGGAGUCAGGGAGCAUCACCCAACACAGGAGCUCAAGCUGGGGAGCCACCCUGCCUAGCACUCAGUCUUACUCGCUACAUGGGCUGGAGGAGCUGAACCACACACCGGGGUACCCAACCCCACCCCUCUACCCCUUCACUCCUUUCAUGACAGUGGCAAAUGACCUAACGCCCAAGGUGGUGCCACUUUCCUCCGAUGAGGGGGCAGACACCCCUUCUAUUCACGACCCUACUCCAUGGACAAAAGAAGACGGGGGCAUGGCAUGGGGGUCGUAUGAAUACCGCCGAGCUUACUGA